UGGUCACGCGCGCCGUCCAAUCAGGCGGGAGCGGGCUAUAGGAAGGGCUGCGGCAUUGGCGUCUGCGCUGGCAACAUGGCGGAUCGUCUCACUCAGCUUCAGGACGCCGUCAACUCGCUUGCAGAUCAGUUUUGUAAUGCCAUUGGAGUGUUGCAGCAAUGUGGUCCUCCUGCUUCUUUCAACAAUAUUCAGACAGCAAUCAACAAAGAUCAACCAGCAAAUCCUACAGAAGAAUAUGCCCAGCUCUUUGCAGCGUUAAUUGCACGAACAGCAAAGGACAUAGAUGUUUUGAUAGAUUCAUUACCUAGUGAAGAAUCUACAGCUGCUUUGCAGGCUGCAAGUUUGUGUAAGCUGGAAGAGGAAAACCAUGAAGCUGCUACAUGUCUUGAAGAUGUUGUUUACAGAGGAGAUAUGCUUUUAGAAAAAAUACAGAGUGCACUUGCAGACAUUGCACAAUCACAGUUGAAGACAAGAAAUGGUACUCACAGCCAGUCUCUUCCAGACUCCUAGCACCAGUAUCUAUAUAGCACAUGGCUGAAAAAUUGAACUGUUUUAAUACAAUUUAAGUCUUGCAUCAAAUUUAGAUGUGAAUUGUACCAACAUUUGCAAAAAACAUAAAGCACUGUGAGAUGACUUAUCUCUCUAGUAAUUCUGAACAAUCUGCCCUUGUCACUUUUGAUAUAGAGUAAGCCCUAUAAAAUGCUGAGUUGUGGUAAGUUGGUGAAUUGAAUCAGCUUUAAACUAUUUUGUUAUCAUUGUUUCCAUUGUUAUCUGUAUAAAGUUAAAUUUUCUUUUGCUUAUUGAGGAUAAUCUUGCUUUCAAGGUCUUAUUAAUAUAGUUAACUAGAGUCAGCUAUAAAGUCCUGUGUUGAAACAAUUUGCUGUGUCAUUUAAUUGUUUCUACUAGAUGGUAAAUUUUCUUAGGGUAGGGAAGGGGGAGGGAAAGGAAUAAGUAUUUAUUAAAUGCCUACUGCAUGCCAGCCACUUUGCAGAGGGCUUUACAAAUAUCUUGUUUAGAUAAAACAAGGACAUGUUCUACCUAACUUUUGUAUCUUCUGGGGCACUAACAGUGUUCUUCACAUAGUUUUUGUUUGUGUUUGUUGAAUUAAAUUUGUUCCAUAGUUUUUGCUCAAUUUUUUUUCUUUUUCUUUUUUU